AUGUCUAGGCAAGACGAAAACUCCGCUUUAUUGGCAAAUAAGGCAAACAACCAACCAUCAUAUACAAGAAACCAGAACGGAGACCAAGACGAUUUUAAGCUUUCAAAAAGUCAGCUUUCGGAUCUGCACAACCCAAAAUCCGUAGGGUCGUUUAUCAAAUUAUUCGGUGAAGAAACUGGCAAUUUUUUCAAAUAUUUAAAAACAGAUAGAAAUGCAGGUAUUUCACUUCCAAAAAGGACAGACUAUCGCAAGACAACCCGUUACAAGAAUUACGGAGACAACUCUCUUCCCGAACGAGUCCCAAAGUCUUUUUUACAGUUAGUGUGGAUAGCCUUCAAUGAUAAAACAAUGGAGUUACUGUCAGUUGCUGCUGUCGUUUCCUUUGUUUUAGGUCUGUAUGAAUUGUGGGUGCAACCACCACAAUAUGAUCCUGAAGGUAAUUUAAUUAGGCAAGUCGAUUGGAUAGAAGGUGUUGCUAUCAUGAUGGCUGUUCUUGUGGUGGUUCUAGUAAGUGCCGCCAAUGAUUACCAAAAGGAAUUACAGUUUGCGAAGCUAAAUAAGAAAAAGGAAGACCGUAAAAUUAUCGCCAUAAGAAACGACCAAGAAGUACUGAUUUCCAUUCAUCACGCUUUGGUUGGUGAUAUUAUUUCAUUACAAACUGGUGAUGUUGUUCCCGCUGAUUGCGUUAUGAUAUCAGGGAAAUGCGAAGCGGAUGAAUCUUCUAUGACUGGUGAAUCUAACACGAUAAAAAAACUUCCAAUUGCUAACUCAUUAAAGGAUUUCAAAAAAUUCAAUUCCAGUCACGACCACUUGCGAAAGAAGCCAUUAGAUAUAGGUGAUGCUGACGAAGACGGUAAUAGAGUCGCCGAUUGUAUGCUAAUCUCUGGGUCUAGAAUUUUAUCUGGGUUAGGCAGAGGUGUAAUCACAUCCGUUGGUAUAAACUCAGUUUAUGGUCAAACAAUGACUUCAUUGAACGUCGAAUCCGAAAGCACUCCUUUACAGCUACAUUUGAGUCAAUUGGCUGACAACAUAUCUGUUUACGGUUGUGUGGCUGCUAUCAUCCUUUUCUUGGUCCUAUUCGUCAGAUAUUUAUUUUAUGUAAUACCUGAGAAUGGCAGAUUCCAUGAUUUAGAUCCUGCUCAAAAAGGUUCCAAAUUUAUGAACAUUCUCAUUACUUCCAUUACAGUUAUUGUAGUGGCUGUUCCAGAAGGUUUACCAUUAGCGGUUACGCUAGCCCUAGCAUUUGCCACAACAAGAAUGACUAAAGAUGGUAACUUAGUAAGGGUUCUGAGAAGCUGUGAAACUAUGGGCUCUGCUACUGCAGUCUGCUCUGAUAAAACUGGUACUUUGACAGAAAACGUCAUGAGUGUCGUUCGUGGUUUCUUGGGCAAUUUUAAUUUUGAUGACAAUAAAUCCUUACCUGUUAGUGAACAGAAAAAGCUAAAUUCUAAGAAAGUAUUCGAAAAAGACUGUUCGUCAUCUUUAAGAAACGAUCUAUUAGCUAAUAUCGUGUUAAAUUCAACUGCCUUUGAAAAUAGAGAUUUUAAGAAGAAAAAUAAAGGUAACAGCAGCACUGAUAGAGAUUCCUCAGAGAGGUCCAGUUCUUCCAACGGGUGGAUGUCCAAAUUAUUGUUUUUUAAGAAGAACAAGAACGACAACCAUGAAGAUCAAUUAUUCGAGAAUGUUUCUAAAGGAAAGCAAGAGCCAUUCAUCGGUUCCAAAACAGAAACGGCUUUACUCAGUCUAGCAAGAUUUUCUUUGGGUUUGCAAGUUGGAGAAUUGCAGGAUUUGAGAGACCAGCCGACUGAAAAAUUCAAUAUCGAAAAGAUUGUUCAGACAAUUCCAUUUGAAAGCUCUCGCAAAUGGGCUGGACUAGUUGUAAAAUACAGAGGUAGUGAAGGUAAAAGACCGUUCUAUAGGCUUUACGUUAAAGGUGCCGCGGAAAUUGUUUUCCAAAAUUGUUUAUAUAAGAGAAAUUCAGAUGAUACUUUGAAAAAAAUUGAUGAAGAAACUAAAGAACAAAUAAAUGGUGAAAUCAAAAAUCUUGCAUCCGGUGCUCUCAGAGCAAUCAGUGUUGCCCACAGAGAUUUUUAUGAAUGUGAAAGCUGGCCUCCUGAGCAGUUGCGCGAUAAAGAUUCGCCCAACACAGCCGCACACGAUUUACUUUUCAACGAUCAAAGCAUUGAAAAGGGCCUGAUUCUAGAUGGUAUACUUGGUAUUCAGGAUCCUUUGCGUGAGGGUGUCAGGGAAUCUGUUCUGCAAUGUCAGCGUGCCGGUGUAACUGUACGUAUGGUUACUGGUGACAAUAUAUUAACUGCAAAAGCUAUUGCAAGGAAUUGUAGUAUUCUUUCCGGAGACGUUUCCUCUGAAUCAUACUCUGCCAUGGAAGGCACUGAAUUUAGGAAGUUAACCAAAAAUGAACGUAUAAGAAUCCUACCAAACUUAAAAGUCUUGGCAAGAUCAUCACCAGAAGAUAAGAGGUUGUUGGUAGAAACGUUGAAAGGAAUGGGAGACGUAGUUGCAGUUACUGGUGACGGUACAAACGAUGCGCCAGCUUUAAAACUAGCUGACGUGGGGUUUUCAAUGGGUAUUUCGGGUACCGAAGUUGCUCGAGAGGCCUCAGAUAUUAUUCUUAUGACUGAUGAUUUUUCUGCUAUUGUUAACGCUAUUAAAUGGGGGAGAUGUGUUUCUGUCUCCAUAAAAAAGUUUAUUCAAUUUCAAUUAAUUGUUAACAUUACUGCAGUAAUUUUAACUUUUGUGUCGUCUGUUGCAUCUAGCGACGAAACGUCGGUAUUGACAGCGGUCCAACUAUUAUGGAUCAAUCUGAUUAUGGACACUUUAGCUGCGUUAGCUUUAGCUACUGACAAGCCUGAUCCAAACAUAAUGGAUAGAAAACCUAAAGGCCGCUCAUCGUCUUUGAUUUCUGUUUCGACUUGGAAGAUGAUUUUAUCACAGGCUACAUUGCAAUUGAUAGUUACUUUUAUUUUACACUUCUACGGGCCGGAAUUAUUUUUCAAUAGCCACGAAGAUCAAAUAACGAGUCAUCAACAACAACAACUAAAUGCCAUGACAUUCAACACCUUCGUUUGGUUACAAUUCUUUACUAUGCUAGUAUCGAGAAAAUUAGAUGAAGCUGACGGAAUAUCAAGUUGGAGAGAUAGAAUUUCAACUGCGAAUUUAAACUUCUUCCAAGACUUGGGCAGAAAUUAUUAUUUCUUAACAAUAAUGGCAAUCAUUGGCGGAUGCCAAGUUUUGAUCAUGUUUUUUGGUGGUGCACCAUUCUCUAUUGCCAGACAGACCAAAUCGAUGUGGAUAACCGCUGUGCUUUGUGGUAUGUUGUCUUUGAUUAUGGGAUUAUUGGUAAGGAUAAUCCCUGAUGAAGUAGCAUUGAAAGCAUUUCCGGUUGCUUAUGUUCAAAAAUUUAAAUAUGUAUUUGGACUUGAGUUUCUCAGAAGAAAGCAACUCGCAAAAAAUGACGACGAAGAAGCGCUUUUGGACGAAUCUGAUACACCAGAGUCUACGGCGUUCUACUAG